AUGCCGCCCAAGGUCGCUCCCAAGCCUCGUGUUGGCUCGAUUCGUCGGCCUGUCUAUCGAGGGCGUAUUGAUGGCAGCCCUAUACCACCCUUACUCCGUGCCACCACUCCCAUCGGACUGCGAGCAUCUACACCUGUAGCCACUAGACCAACGGGAUUGAAAGCGAUGAAAUGUUCUAACCCCAGCUGUCCUCGUCCAAACAUUGUCGAAAGCGAACACGGCUUGAUCUGUGACACUUGUGGUGCCGUUGCUCAAGAAGACUCUGGUUUAGUCAGUGAGCAAGGUUUCGGAGAGACAGAUUCGGGCAGGAUUACUGCUCUUGGUGUCCACGUCGGCGAAUCACAAACACAUCAAAGGACUUAUGCCCCUGGCGGAGCCCUGGGUAAUGCUGGUCGAGAGCCUACCGUCAAUCGUGAACGAUCAGAGGCCCAUGCACGAACCAUCAUGAUAUCUUAUCAAACACUAUUGAAGAUCCGAUCUGCAGAGGUGGAAGCUGGUAUGCAGAUCUUCAAGCUUGCCUGGGGCAAUUCUUUCGUACAAGGGAGGACAAUUGACAGUGUUGCCGUUGUCUGUCUCUAUCUUGCCUGUCGACGAAAACAUGAGCAGGUUCAGAAUGAACGACGACCACUAUAUAGUCUCAUGAUGAUCGACUUUGCCGAAAGACUCAACAUGGAUGUCUUUGCGCUUGGAAAAAUGUAUCACGACCUUGUUCGAAGGUUAUAUGGUCAGACGGAUAGUGGUGGCAUCCAGGCAGAUAUUAGUGCGGACCUCCUGGCACAUGGUCCUGAAGUCCUAGUCAGCAGAUUUGUGGAUGCACUCGAGUUCGACAAGGCGCAUCGUGAAAAGAUAAAGAUGGAUGCCAUCAGAAUCGUCAAGCGGAUGAAGCGAGAUUGGAUGUCAACUGGACGACGACCAUCUGGUGUUUGCGGUGCUGCAAUUUUACUAGCCGCGAGGAUGAACAAUUACCGCCGGACCGUGCGAGAAGUCGUUCUUACUGCCAAAGUCACGGAAAUAACCAUCAACAAAAGACUGGAAGAGUUCUCGGACACACAGAGCAGCAAGCUUUCUGUUACAGAAUUCCGAGAUAACAGUGUGCUUGACGCCGUGGUGGCCUCCGACCCUCCCUCAUAUCAGCGUGCUCACAACCCAAAACCAAGCAAGAGGAAGCGCGGACGCCCGAAGAACGGACCUCAACCAGAAACAGCUGCGGAAAUCGAAGGCGAAGACGUUUCUACGAGAGACAUAGACCCAUCACAGCCACUUUCCAAACGUCCUCGACUAGAUGCCGAAGGUUUUGCCAUUCCAGAAAUACCGCAGAGGCCGAUACCAGUUGAUCCUGCAAUCACUGGAGAAGUAGAAGCGCCUCAAGCAGCCGGAGCUGAUACCGCCAAAAGCGUGUUAGGCAAACCUCGCCGUGCUGCCAAUUGGAAGGCUCCUCCACCUUCAGAAGCUGAAUUGGUGAUCGAGAAGGAGAUUGAAAAAGACAUUGCUCAAGCAUUUCGAGAGAAUGAAGAAUUGGCCCCAGAAUAUCAAUACAUGGCUGAAGAUGACGACGACGACGGUAGAGAGAUUAGAGCUGAGAGCACGGAAAGCAUGUCAGCUACCCCAGCUCUCACAUCAGAUCGAUCAUCUGUCGAAGAAAAUUCUAUCCAAGGCACCAGCGAACCUAGCGUCGCUGGUCAAAGCCCGAGUCCGGCCCCGAGUGCCCCAACUGUGGUCGAUAGCAUGCCCAAGGAGACCCCUAAGCGCACCAAAUCUGGUCUACCAGGGCCACUUGUCAACACCAACACCGGGAACACAGGCAACGUGUCUCUCUCCCCAACUCUUAAACCCGACGAAUUUGACGACGACGACGACGUCUCUAGCUGCCUACUUUCAGACGUUGAAUCACGUAUCAAAGAACGAGUCUGGGUAUCCAUGAACGCAGACUGGCUACGGCAAGAUCAUGCGAAACGAAUCAAACGAGAGUUGAAAGAGGCCGACAUGCGAGCACGGGGUCUUGACCCGGCAAAAGAAGCUUUCAAGCUGGCGCAGAGCAAGGGAAGGAGAAAGGACGGGACGAAGAGACCCGGACGUAGGGGUGAUGUGAGCUACCUCAACGAAAAAGGUAAGGCUCAAGGUGACGGUGAUGUUGCCGAUGGAGAUGGAGAAACAGUGAAGGAUGGAGCAACGAACAGAGAGCGCAGUGCUGCAGACUCUGUGCGAAAGAUGUUUGAAGCACGCGGCACAUACUCGACACGUGUGAACUACUCGGUUUUGGAAUCCAUUUACGGCGUCACCGGUGAUGAAAGUGACAGCUCGCGAGCUGAGAGUCAAAGCCGUGAAGCGAGUGUCCAGCGAAGCGAUCGUGAAGGCAGCAUUGCAAGCUCCGUGGCAUCUGUGUCCAAUGCAAAGAACAUCUUCCGCGGCAAUGCACCAAGGGAUUCGGGCAGAUUAAGGAGCAAAAUGUCCCUUGCCGCCGAGAGAAGAGAAGCUGUGAAAAAGGAUCAGCAGCAACGGUCACGGAGUGAGUCGGUGGGCACUGCUGAGCAAGCUGGUACCAAGCAACGAGUCCGUGAGGCUUCUGAGGAAAGCGUCGCUCCUGGAAUCGAUCAAUCUCAGCCACAACAAUCAAUAUCAUCCCCGAUUCAGCCUCAAACGUCCUCCAGUAUCCCAAGUUCCCAGUCGACGGCUGCUACCACUGUGAUCAACACCCCACCUUCAUCACAAUCAGCAGCCACAAAGCCUCCCAGCUCCUCCAAAGCUCCUACUCCAUCAGAACUCCACUCUCCGGACCUGCCCGAAGAAGAAGCCCUCGGCCCCGUGGCAUCGUCACGAUCCCCGCACUCGCAAUCCUCCAACAGACGAGAACCAGAGGGCGAGGCUGUGGAUGACGACGAAGCAGUUUCAGACGCUGACGGUGAAAUAUCACUUCUCCGUGAGCGCCCACUUGGCGAAUACAACGAGGACGAGGACGACUAUGACAGCGAAGGUGACGAGGACGACUACGUGCGUGAAGGUGAAGGGGAUUACGAUGAUGAAGACGAUGAUGAAGACGGAGGCGACGAAGACGUCGAAGCCGCGUUCAACGGCAGCUAUCGACACCGUUCAUGA